AUGGAGUAUAACUUCUUGGAACAUGACGUUUUGACUAGCUCUAACCAGUAUCCAAAAGCAGCUUUGCCACCAGAUAAUAUAAGCACCUCAGACCUCACUCUGCUUCUGCAUACUCCGGUGCUCGUCAGAGACAUGAUGUAUUCACUGGGAUUACAGGCUGGAGGCAAAGCUGGAAAGGAUAGUGGGAAGGCCAAGGCCAAGGCAGUGUCUCGCUCACAAAGAACUGGACUACAGUUUCCUGUGGGCCGCAUCCACAGACACUUGAAGACUCACACCACAAGCCACGGAUGGGUGGGUGCCACUGCUGCCAUCUAUAGUGCUGCGAUUCUGGAGUACCUCACUCCUGAGGUGCUGGAGCUGGCAGGUAAUGCUUCCAAGGAUCUUAAAGUAAAGCGUAUCACUCCACGUCACUUGCAGCUUGCAAUUCGUGGUGAUGAAGAGUUGGAUUCUCUUAUCAAGGCUACCAUAGCUGGGGGUGGUGUGAUCCCUCAUAUCCACAAAUCUCUGAUUGGAAAGAAGGGACAGCAGAAAACUGCUUAGAGGGUUGUUUUAACUAACCCUCUUCCUCCCGGUCAUUGUACAGUAACUGAGACAGAAGAUAACA